CAUACAUAUUCAGAAUUAACAAUAUAUUAAGACUUAAUUAUUAUUGUAUGAUAGGCUAUUAAUUAUAAAAUUACGGUUGUUACAUUAAUAAGAAGAAAAAUCAAUGUGUUCAAUCAGAGAUUUUUUCCCUAUUGAAUACAGAUCCAGUGGAGUCAAACCAAAGAAAAAUUUUAUUCAAGAGAAUAAGAGAUAUGUGACUAAAUUAGCAAAAAGUACUCAAUCGUCAAAAGAAAAUAUAAAUUCAUCAAAUAAAUUACCAUGCACUAAUAUUCAGAAUUUUAAAUUGAGACAAGGACCAAAUAAAGAAACCAUCCCAGAAAACUCGAAAAAAAUAAUCAAAUCUAUAGAUUUAGAUAAAAUUGAUGCCAGUAUUAGAUCAAUUCGUUCUGCAAUAGCUCAAACUAAGAUUACUCAAAAUAAAUUAGGAAUCAAAAAUGUCGAACAAUUUUCUUUGGCUUUUAAAGAUCAAGCUACGCAAACAGUUAAUUUACAUGAAAUAGAAGAUAAAAUAAAAGAUAACAGUAACAAAUACCCAACAUCAGAAACUUCAGAUAUGGCUAAAAUUAUUCAAACAAAACAUGUUAACACCAUUUCUGUGCAAACUGAAAGUUCUGAAUCAGAAUAUUCUAAUUGUACGUCUAAAAAGAAUGUAAAGUCUAUACAUCAACAUGAUGACAUAAAUUCUAAAAAGAACCAACCAAUUUCAGUUAAACUUAAAGAAAACAUAAUAAGUCAUCAUAAACCUGGAGAGAUACCAAAAUACCUGAAAGAUAGAAAAGCACUGAAAGAAAAAAAUGAGAAAGAAACGCAAAAAAAAUUGGCAAUUAGACGUGAAUUGGGUAUUGAUGAUCCAGCAUGUCCUCCUGGUCAUAUAUUAUUACCAGAAACUGAGCGUCUGGACCAUCUAACUAAAAUAAAAAAAGAUUACGAUCAAUUGAUUAUGAAAUUAAAUAUGUUGCCCAUCAGUUCAGAUUCAUAUAAAAUGAAAGAAAAACGUAGACAAAUAGAAAAAGAAUUGGAUCAAGUGCAAUUAGGUAUUAAACUAUUUUCUAAGGAGAAAUUAUACGUUAAGAUUAAUCAAAAUAUGGCUGCUUUUUACAAAUAGUUAAAGCUAUUUCAAAUUAAUAAAGCCAAUAAAUAAUUGUAUUAUAUUAUUGCUUUUCAAAACAUUAACUGUGAUUUGAACUGUCAAAUUAAUUCUAAGAAAUAUAUGUUAGUUACUAUCUGUUUAUUUUCUACCGCUUACUAUUGUUAUUUAAUUGUUUAGAAAUUCUGCUGUGACUU